UAUCGUAAUCAAAUGAAUGAAGCAACAUGCUAAUAAGAGGGAGUAGCAAGGUGGUUGUCCGUGUACUCGCAUCGCCUCCGACUGAUAAGCUCGCUCGCCUUCGCAUCGCUGGACUACCGCACCUUGCUUCUGCCGAUCGCCGCGAUGGACCGUGAGACAGUUGUCAUCGUCUCUGCAGCAAGAACCCCGAUAGGGUCGUUUAAUGGAGCAUUCUCCACUCUGCCUCUUCAUGAGUUGGCCUCCGUGGUUAUCAAGGACGCGCUUCGGCGGGCCGGCGUGACCCCGGACCAGGUGUCAGAGGUCAUCAUGGGUCACGUGCUCACCGCAGGCCACGGGCAGAACCCUGCGCGCCAGGCGGCUGUGGCGGCGGGUAUCCCGUAUGUGGUGCCCGCCUGGAGCUGCCAGAUGGUGUGUGGGUCGGGCCUGAAGGCCGUGUGUCUGGGCUGCCAGGCCAUCCAGACGGGCGACGCCACCGUGGUGCUGGCGGGGGGCAUGGAGAGCAUGAGCAGGGCUCCCCAUACUGUCCAGAUGCGCUCAGGGGUGAAGAUGGGAGAUACGCCCCUCCAAGACUCCAUCAUUGCUGACGGCCUGACCGACGCCUUCCACUCCUACCACAUGGGCAUCACAGCGGAGAACGUGGCAAAGCAGUGGACGGUGACGCGAGCGGAACAGGACCAGUUCGCCGUCGCUUCCCAGAACAGAACCGAGGCCGCGCAAAAGGCGGGACACUUCGACCGCGAGAUCGUCCCCGUCACCGUCCCGUCACGCAAAGGCCCUGUAGAGGUGCGUCAGGACGAGUUCCCGCGCCACGGCAGCAGCCUGGACGCCAUGGCCAAACUCAAGCCAUGCUUCCUGAAGGACGGCUCCGGCACCGUCACCGCCGGCAACGCCUCAGGGAUCAAUGACGGCGCUGCAGCUACUGUGCUCAUGAGCCAGUCAGAGGCUCAGAGGCGGGGCUUAAAGCCAAUGGCACGAAUCACCUCCUGGGCUCAGGCGGGCCUGGACCCGUCAGUCAUGGGCACUGGGCCAAUCCUGGCCAUCAGGAAGGCGGUGGAGAAGGCGGGCUGGAAGCUGGAAGAGGUAGACCUGUUUGAGGUGAACGAGGCCUUUGCUGCCCAGUCUGUAGCAGUGCUGAAGGACCUCGGCCUCAACCCAGACAAGGUGAACGUGUCGGGCGGGGCCAUUUCUCUGGGUCAUCCUCUGGGCAUGUCCGGCUGCCGCGUGCUGGUCACCCUACUGCACGCGCUCCAACGGACCGGCGGCAAGAGGGGUGUGGCCUCACUGUGUAUCGGAGGAGGAAUGGGCAUCGCCAUGUGUGUGGAGACCGUCUGAUGGACUGAGCACACACACACACACAUACAUACACACAAACACACACAUUAUGGGUUAGCCC